GAAGGAAAGGAGAUAGAAAGUCCGGAGACGGAAAUCGAAUGUUCAGUGGUAAAGUUUGUUCUUCUGGGGCAACAUCGUGGGAUGGGUUUGGGCCGAACGAAAUGGAGGGGUCAAAGACAUCGAGUUCUACUAUGCAGGUGAGCUUUGUAUGCCAGCGUUGCAGUCAACCUCUCAAGCUAGAUACAUCCUUCAAUGUCUUGGAUAAAGUCACGAUUCAGGAACUCACAGCUCCUUUAGUUACAGUUACUCCUGUAAAACCAGAAGAAGGCAGGGUGGAAGAUGGCAGCUUCCCUGAGGAAAUUUGUAUAGAAAACAAGCCAGACGGCGUAUCCAGAAAAUACAUCCCUCCAGCUCGGAUGUUGUCCACUGAAAGUGCUAAUAGUUUUACAUUAAUUGGAGAAGCUUCUGAUGGUGGGACAAUGGAAAAUUUAAGUCGAAGGCUCAAGGUGACUAGUGAUCUGUUUGACAUAAUGUCUGGUCAGACAGAUGUGGACCACCCUCUUUGUGAAGAGUGUACAGAUACAUUGCUGGAUCAAUUAGACCAACAGCUGAACGUUACAGAAAAUGAAUGCCAGAAUUACAAGAACUGUUUAGAGAUCCUUCAGCAAAUGAGUCAGGAAGAUGAAGAGCAGCUUCUGGAAAAGCUAAAAAUGCUGAACUCUGAAGAGGACCAUCUAAUCCAGGAACUUGGAAAUGUAGAAGAGAAACGGAAGAAAGUAGCAGAUGAUUUGGCCAAGGUUAGAGCAGAGACUGACAGACUCAAUCAGGAGGAAGCCCAGUACCAGAGAGAGUACUCUGAAUUCAAAAGACAACAGCUGGAGCUUGACGAUGAGUUAAAGAGUGUUGACAAUCAAAUGCGAUAUGCUCAAAUUCAGCUCGACAAACUCAAGAAAACCAAUGUUUUCAAUGCUACAUUCCACAUAUGGCACAGUGGACAGUUUGGCACUAUCAAUAACUUCAGACUAGGGCGUCUACCAAGUGUUCCUGUUGAGUGGAAUGAGAUUAAUGCAGCUUGGGGACAGACUGUGCUACUUCUGCAUUCACUGGCUAACAAGAUGGAACUUCGAUUUCAAAGGUAUCGCCUAGUUCCUUAUGGCAAUCAUUCAUACCUGGAAUCACUUACAGACAGAACCAAGGAGCUGCCCUUGUAUUGUUCUGGGGGACUGCGAUUCUUCUGGGAUAAUAAAUUUGAUCAUGCUAUGGUGGCUUUUCUGGACUGUGUACAACAAUUUAAGGAAGAGGUCGAAAGAGGUGACACUGGCUUCUGUUUACCAUACAGGAUGGAUGUGGAAAAAGGUAAGAUUGAAGACACAGGAGGAAGUGGAGGAUCUUAUUCUAUUAAAACUCAAUUCAACUCUGAAGAACAGUGGACUAAAGCAUUGAAGUUCAUGCUUACCAAUUUGAAAUGGGGACUGGCCUGGGUAUCUUCUCAAUUCUACAAUAGAUGAUUGCACACUAUUUCCUUCUUGAAUCUGCAAUGGUUUUGCUGAAUAUUGUUUCUUAAUUUAGCUGUCAUUUUUGCUUGUAGAAAGCUAUAUGCUUUCCUAGAGGAAUCAUCCACAUCAUCAAAUGUGGGGAGAAAUUGGAGAACUGGCUAGCACAGUGGGUUUGUCUUUCAUCUAUGGACACUGUUCCAAAUUAGAUAGUUGAAACUGUUGGCUAUUUGUAUGAAAUUUAGUUACUUUUAGUGUAGUUAAAUAAGCCUGAGGCUGCAUCCCAAAGCUGUACCCAGUUCUCUCAUUACUGGCCACAGGGUGAGUGGUGUGAGACAUUAAAACAAAAGAAUAUCACCUGCUGGGGUAGGGUUUUUUUUAAUUCCGAUGCAGGCAUACCAUCAGAGUGGAGACCUCUUCUCUGCACCCUUCCUGAGAUUACUUAAUGCUGAGACAACAUUAAAAUCACUUUUUUUUUUAAAAGCACAGAAAUAGGGUAGGGUCAAAAUAAUUUGCUUUGUUGGUGAAAUGUACAGCUAGAUCUUUAGGGCAUUAUAUACUGAAUUAACAUGUGCUGCACAAAUGUAAUAGUCUUCUAUAUGCAUAUGAAAUGAUUGGAAAUAACUUUGUCUUUUGAUAAAUCAGUAGGAUGGUAUAAAAACAUUGAGGACUAAUACAAAAGCUUUUCUGUGCCAACCCACUUUUUGUGGUAUGGUGUUUAGAUUAUGUUGGAUUGAUUUGAUUAAUUUCAUAAAUCAUGUAUGCUUUAAUGUUGAGUCAUUAAAAAUGAAAAAUGUUAGGCUCUUGGAAGCUAUCACUCAACUGGACAUAUUGCUUUGUUACAUCAUGGGUUGGAAUAAUUACAAGAGAGUAUAAAGAGUUUGGGAAAAGCCAUUAAACACAAAAAUAAGGUUGUCUGAACAAUAAGUGAGAUUGGUUCUGUUACAACUACCACCUCACACUUUCUCUUUAGUAAUUAUGUGUAUAUAUUAUAGUUUUAUUUAUAACAAAUUAAGUUUAGUGUGUUGUGCUGCUGGUUGUAGAACAUACACUGAUGUCAUGGCUGACUGGGCAGGAUCCAUUAAUCAGUUGAGGCAUGAUGACAUCCACACUAAAAGAUUAAAUUUACAAUGUAAUCAUUGCAUAAAUUCCAUAAUCUAUUCUGCAGUGGAAUACUGUAAGAUAGCAGUGGUUUUAUAGUUUAAGAAUAUAUUAAGCUUCUGUCAAAAUAAUUAUUUCUGAGUAAAGGCUUGUUUACUUAUCCAUGCAUAACCUGGUGUUCCAUUUGAAAUGGUGUAAAUGGCUCCUUUUUGUAUAAGGUGUCAUAGAAAAACAUCUUAAAGUUGACAGAUUUAAGAAAUUAAGUAUGAAUUUCCAUAUUGUAACAUGCCUUUACAAAAUUUCGAUUGAAACUUUUGCAAUUAAUAUCCUUACAUUUUGAAUAUAUUGAGUAUAGUUUCAGCUCUACAAUACAUUUCAUUUAAUCUUUUACUUGCAGUGAAUUGAUUUCCAAAUCUGUUAAUGGCCCAGCUGUUUCUAUGUCUAUCUAAUGUCCGUAUAAAUGGACUGGAGAUUUGAGGAAUUGAGAAUACUGCUGUUAGGAUGUUGGAUAUAUCCAUAUAUGACUAAAAUCUACAGCUCCAUACCAUCUAAAGACUGAUCUGGUAAAACAGACAAUUUAAUAUAGACACAUUCAUAAUUUAAAGUGACAAGUUUUUUUUGUUAAGGAUGUGAACUACAAUAAGAUGUUUCUCCCAUAAAGUGAUAUAACAUGUAAGAUGAAAAAUUCAAGAGCUGAGAAUUGAUGUCUUUGGCAAGCUUUAUAUUCUUUAAAUGCUAGCAGCUAUAGUCAUGUACUUUUGUGCUUCAGUAAGCAUUAGUUUACAAAAUGGAGAAGCAGCUGUUUUAUGUAAAAAGCUUGAACUUUGCAUAACCUUUGCAGCCUUUAUGUUGCUGAAUUUUCAGCUUUGAAACUGCAGCUUUGUGUAAAUGUUCACAAUAUAAACUGGAUAGGUGCAAUGUAUUACUGUAUCUUAGUGCACUGUAAUACAAUGAUGAAAGUUCACUUUCUGUAAUAAAAUGUACCCAUA